AUGGGUUUAAUACAUAAUACCCCUGUUGGCGCUGUGGAAGCACUUCUUGAGGCUGUUCACGUUUAUACCGGCUUACCAUGGUGGGGUACAAUAGUUUUUACAACAUUUGUGAUGCGUAUACUUUUGUUACCUCUUCUUGUGAAUUCACAACGAAACACGGUCAAGUUAAUAACUUUACAACCAAAGAUAGAGAAAUUGAUGGAAGACUUUAAAAAGGCAAAAAAUAGUGGUGAUAAUAGCUUGAUGAUGCGUAAGCAUCAACAAGUAAGAGAUUUUUAUGCUGAAAAUAAAAUUAGCCCAUGGAAAAAUUUAUACCUUAUUGCUUUACAAACGCCGGUGAUGAUCAGCUUUUUCAUUGCUGUAAAAAAAAUGGCAGAAUUUCCUGUGCCAGGCUUUGAACAUGGUGGCGCAUUAUGGUUUCAGAAUUUAACCGUUCCGGAUCCAUAUUAUAUUUUACCUUUCUUAAUGUCAGCAACUUUCAUAGCAAUGAUGGAGACAAGCGAUGCCUCUCGUAUCAAUACUCCAAGCGCACAGACAAUGAAAUGGGCCUUUCGUGGUGUAACUGUAAUAUCUAUACCUGUUGCAAUGUCUUUAUCUUCAUCAGUCCAUAUGUAUCUUAUGAGCUCCACAAUAUUUAGUGUUUUACAAACAGUACUUAUGAAUAACAAGACGAUUCGUAGAUAUUUAAAUUUACCCGCCAUGCCACAGAUGUUAAAAAAACCAACUGAUAAGUCCUUCUUGGAAAAUAUGAAACAAUGGAAUACUGAUGUACGCAAGAAUAUAAAGGAACAAAAAAGACCUGAAAGAUUGUAA